CCACCACGUACCCCUUAUACCUUCCUCUUCCCUAACUCCACAUUCCCUCUCUCUCUCUCUCUCUCUCCUAUUCCUUGCUUGCAUGUUCUACCAAAGUAGACCCAUUCAAUUUCAAACCCACCAAAUUAACCCAAACCACUACAAAAAUAAAAAUUCAAUAAACCAAACCAAAUCUUCCCAUUCUCACAUGCCUAUCUCUCAACCAUGUCUUUCCUCUCCCUCCUCCUCCUCCUCCUCCUCUUUUCCUUCCUCCCCCUCUCCCUCUCUCAACAACAACCUCCACCCCCUAAAGGUAUUUUGAUUAACUGUGGGGCCACCGAGGAGUCGACAAUUGACGAUCGAGAAUGGUUACCGGACACCGAUUUCGUGUCCGGUGGGACCUCGAAAAACCUGACGAUCCCGGUAACCGUCCCUACACUCGCCACCGUCCGAUCGUUUCCUCUCCGCCUUCACACCAAAUACUGCUUCGUCGUCGAAGUUUUCCGCUCCGCGAAGUACGUAAUCCGAACCACCUACUUCUACGGAGGAGUCAACGACGGCCAUGGCUCUCCGCCGGUGUUCGAUCAGAUGGUGGACGGGACUUUCUGGAACGUCGUGAACACCACCGUGGAUUACGCGAACAACGCGGCGUCGUAUUACGAGGGCGUCUUCGUCGCGCAGGGAAAGACUAUGAGUUUGUGUAUCGGUUCCAAUAAGUAUACGGAUUCGGACCCGUUCAUUUCGGCUUUGGAGUUCUUGAUAGUUGGGGAUUCGCUCUAUAAUACCACGGAUUUUGGCAAUUUUAGCCUCAGCUUGGUUGCGAGGAACAGUUUUGGAUAUUCUGGGCCAAUUAUUCAGUAUCCUGAUGAUCAAUUUGAUCGGUUUUGGGAGCCAUCAAGAGAUAAUGAUUCUACAGUAUCAGAAAACAGAAAUAUAUCUGUUUCUGGUUUCUGGAACGUUCCUCCUCUAAAAGUAUUCGAGGCAGCUCUGACAACUACCAAAGUACAACCCCUGGUGUUGAAUUGGCCUCCAGCAUCCCUUCCGAACUCAAUGUACUACAUUGCUCUUUACUUUGCAGAUGACCGUAAUUCGAGCUCAAGGGUGUUUAACAUAAGCAUAAAUGAUGUGCCAUAUUACCGUACUUUGAAUGUCACUCCAGCAGGUGCUUGUGUCUUUGCAACCCGGUGGCCUCUUCGUGGUCCUACAAAGAUAACUUUGACCCCUGCUGUGGGUUCAGACAUUGGUCCUCUGAUAAAUGCUGGAGAGAUUUUUGAAGUGCUAGAUCUUGGGGGAAGAACUGCUACUCGAGAUGUUAUUGGUUUGUCAAUGGUAAAAAAGAGUCUCAAGAAUCCUCCACUUGUUUGGAAUGGUGAUCCUUGCAUGCCCCGCCAGUACUCUUGGAGUGGCAUUACUUGCUCCUAUGGUCCCCGGAUCCGUGUGAUCUCCUUAAACCUGACAAGCAUGGGCCUCUCAGGAUCACUGUCUCCUAGCAUUGUCAAUAUGACGGGAUUGACUAACAUAUGGCUUGGGAAUAACAGUUUGACUGGACCUAUUCCUGAUCUCAGUUCAUUGAAGAUGCUAGAGACAUUGCAUUUGGAAGACAAUCAGUUUAGUGGAUCUAUUCCCUCAUCACUUGGGGACAUUGAAGGCUUGCGUGAACUUUUCUUACAGAACAAUAAUCUGACCGGUACAGUUCCAAAUAACCUUAAAGAUAAACCUGGACUGAACCUUAGGACUUCUGGAAAUAAUUUUGAAUCUCCCCCACCCUCUUGAGCAAGUAUGUGUAUGGAUCCAAUGGUAGAGUUGACUUGGCUGCUUUCUCAAGAAACUUGAUUCAGAUCAUUCAUUUGUAUAUAGAUACAUUCCGUAAAAGAGCUGUGUCACAUUUUUUUUUACAAAUUUUGAUGGAAGUUCUUUAUUGCAAGCUCUCCAACUGUGAAAUUGAAAGUUCUGCAUACUUAGACAUCUGUUGCUGGGAGCUCUUCAAAGCAAUUUGAAUACUUGAAAUGGUUGUUCAUAGUCAGUCAGUCUGAUUCUUUUUUUCUCAGUAGGAUUGGAUCAUGCUUUCAAAAUUCAUGUAAUUGUCCAUAUAGUCAUUUCUUAUUCUUUUAGAUAUACUUUUUCUUGUUCUGAUAGUGUAUUAUGAGCUAUUCUUCUUCUUCUUCUUUUUCCCUCUCCCCGUGGGUGUACCGUGUACAAUGAAUAUUGUUCAUGUUUUUGUACCUACUAAAAAAAUUAAUUCAUUUUUUUAUAUAACGUGGUUUGGUUCUA